CUGCCGGUCUCCAGCAUACAGCGGUUUUGCCUUCUGCCCUGGGGAUCACUCAUCGCCCGUCCACAGCUCCAGCAUGACUUCCUAUGCCGAUAAAGGGGAGAAGCAUGAGAGGGGGAGAUUUGUGAGGUUCCACCAUGUGACCUUCUGGGUUGGCAAUGCCAAACAGGCGGCUAUGUUCUACUGUGAUAAGAUGGGCUUUGAGCCACUGGCCUAUAAGGGUCUGGAGACCGGCAGCCGGGAAGUGGUGUCCCAUGUCAUCAAACAGGAUAAGAUAUUAUUUGUCUUUGAAUCCGCCCUCAAUCCAGGAAAUGAAGAAAUGGGGGAACACUUAGUGAAGCAUGGAGAUGGGGUGAAAGACGUUGCUUUCCAAGUUGAGGACAUGGACUUCCUAGUAAAGACAGCCAAAGAGCGAGGCGCAGUGGUGGUCAAGGAGCCUUGGAUUGAACAAGAUAGCCAUGGCAAAGUCAAGUACGCUGUCAUUCAGACGUAUGGAGACCUGACACACACACUCAUUGAAUACGUGGGACCCUACAAGGGCUUGUUUCUGCCUGGAUACAAGGAACCUCUAACCAAAGACUGCCUGCUGCCCACACUGCCACCAGGACUUCUACACUUCAUCGAUCAUAUUGUUGGAAACCAGCCGGAUGAUGCCAUGGUGCCAGUGUCAGACUGGUAUCAGAAGUGCCUGCUGUUCCACCGUUUCUGGUCGAUUGACGAUAAGCAGAUCCACACUCAGUACAGCUCCCUGAGGUCCAUCGUGGUCACCAACUAUGAGGAGACCAUCAAGAUGCCCAUCAACGAACCGGCCCCCGGCAAGAAGAAGUCGCAAAUCCAGGAGUACUGUGACUACAAUGGAGGCCCGGGGGUCCAGCACAUCGCCCUGAACACGUCGGACAUCAUCCAAGCUAUCGUGAAUCUUAGAGCCCGGGGGAUGGAAUUCCUGACGGCCCCUGAUUCAUACUAUGAGAUUCUCAGGGAGAAACUAAAGACUGCUAAGAUCAAGGUGAAGGAGGACCUAAAGAGGCUACAGGAACUGAAAAUUCUGGUAGACUUUGAUGACAAAGGCUACCUACUCCAAAUCUUCACCAAACCCAUGCAGGACCGACCAACCCUCUUUUUGGAAGUCAUUCAGCGUCACAACCACUUUGGCUUCGGCGCUGGAAAUUUUAAGUCUCUGUUCGAGGCCAUCGAGAAGGACCAGGAUGCCAGGGGCAACCUGACUGUUUACUGACACCACACCACCAUUGUGCUGCUACUACAUGUUCUACUGCCUGAUUAUUGUUGGACAACGUCACCUAAAGACAUUUAAAAACCAAGAUUUCCCACCUAUUUCAAUCACCGUAUAUGACAUGUUGAUGACAAAUUCAAAGCAAUCUGUGAAACGUCCCUGCUUCAUCACUGUCAAACAUGCUAUCUCUGUGAAACAUUUCUAUAAUAUCGCUGUGAAACGUCCCUGCUUCAUCACUGUCAAACAUGCUAUCUCUGUGAAACAUUUCUAUACUAUCGCUGUGAAACGUCCCUGCUUCAUCACUGUCAAACAUGCUAUCACUGUGAAACGUCCCUGCUUCAUCACUGUCAAACAUGCUAUCACUGUGAAACGUCCCUGCUUCAUCACUGUCAAACAUGCUAUCACUGUGAAACGUCCCUGCUUCAUCACUGUCAAACAUGCUAUCACUGUGAAACGUCCCUGCUUCAUCACUGUCAAACAUGCUAUCACUGUGAAACGUCCCUGCUUCAUCACUGUCAAACAUGCUAUCACUGUGAAACGUCCCUGCUUCAUCACUGUCAAACAUGCUAUCACUGAGAAACGUCCCUGCUUCAUCACUGUCAAACAUGCUAUCGCUGUGAAACGUCCCUAAGCUAUCGCUGUGAAACAUUUCUAUACUAUCACUGUGAAACAUCUCUAUGCUAUCACUGUGUAACGUCUGUAUGCUAUCACUCUGACGCGUUUGUAUGCUAGCACUGUGUAACAUCCCUAUGCUAUCACUGGGAAACAUUCCCAUGCUAUCACUGGGAAACAUCCCCAUGCUAUCACUAUGUAAUGUCCCUAUGCUAUCACUGGGAAACAUCCCCAUGCUAUCACUAUGUAAUGUCCCUAUGCUAUCAAUGGGAAACAUCCCCAUGCUAUCACUGGGAAACAUCCCCAUGCUAUCACUGUGUAACGUCCCCAUGCUAUCACUGGGAAACAUCCCCAUGCUAUCACUGGGAAACAUUCACUAGCUUCCCAUUUUUUACCCUUAUAAGGUAAGAGCUUGCAUUCAACAGUUGGUAUUUUUUCCAAAGACAUACCCAUCAGUGACAACAUAAUGAUCAUUCUGAUUCAAAUGAUGACUGCAAAAUUGUGUCAGAAAAAAUAAAAAUAAAAUGUUUUAUGCAG